CCGACCCCCCCCCCCACUCUUUGUUCCCCCCUUCCUUAAAAGUCCUGUGGCUGCUCGCUCCUCUCAUAUCGACCAGGGCCUCGCUUCAAGGAUGGACUGUGCACUGCUGCUGCUGUCCCUGUGGGCUCUGAUGGGAACGGUGUCUCCACAGGCUUCAGGGUCGUGUCCGGAUCGACUCCUGGGGGGCGAGAGGAGGAGGCCGUGCCCUCGGCCCUGCGUCCACGACGCCGACUGCGGCAGCAGGCGCCAGUGCCUGUGUGACGGCCAGUGUGGCCUCAGCUGCGUGGCUCCAGGUCGUACUUGUCCCUGGCCUCUACCCCCCGGUGGAAACUCGGUGGCGCAGCUGCUCUCUCCCACUCACUCCUUCUCGGCCCUGCUUGAAGUGCGCUGCGAGCCCGGCUUCACGCUGCCCAGCGGCCUGGACGCCACCAUCCGCCGUUGCCAAGGCGACCGACAGUGGAGUGGGGAUGAGCCCAUCUGCACAGAGACUCAGUCGACCGAACCUGCUGCCGCCCGGACCUGCCCUCUGCCUGAAGAGGUCACCAGCACCUUCAGCAUCGAGGGCGACGCUACCGCCGGAGCAUCCAUCCGCUACAGCUGCCUGUCCGGAGCGGAUGUAGUGGGAAGCAGAGAGAACUUCUGUCAGGAUAAUCAGACCUGGCAGUAUCCGCACCCCACCUGUAAAAAUGUGUUCUGCCAGCCUCCUCCAGAGGUGCAGCAGGGCUACGUGGUGGCGGUGCAGAAGGCCCAGUACGAGGUGGGCUUCGACAUCCACUACCUCUGCAAGAAGAACUUCCUGCUCGAUGGACCGCAGAAGGUCACCUGCCUCUCGAACGGCAGCUGGAGUGCGUCGGCGCCACACUGCAGAGCCCGCUGCCUCAUCCCCGCCGGGCGGAGCCGCGUGGUGAUCGGUGGGGUGAAGCGCUGGCCGUUCGACGUCACCGACGCCAUGGUUCCUCACGGGGAGGCGGUGACGUUCUACUGCAAGCAUCCUCACAAGCAGUGCGGCUUCGCGGCGGCCCAGACCUGCUUCGACGGCGAGCUGCAGCCGCCGGCCUGCUACCUGGAGCCCACGUGGCUGCAGUACAAACUCUUCCCUCACCGGCUGGUCUCAGAGAUUGAACCGUGCGAGCCUGGAGACGUGGAGUGACGACCUCGAACGCAGCCGUGUCACCGUACAAACGCCCCCUCCGCGCAGCACCGCGCUGUAAAUGCCGGCCACAGGACGCUGUGCGCGUUGUUCCGGACCAGCGGCCCGUGAUGAUGCUUCAAUGUCGCCAAACCAUUAACAAUGUGACUCCGUGAUGUUUCACUGUGUAUCUGUUCUUUCCUGACGCAUCAAGACUCGAGGCUUGUAAGAUUUAAUCAUGUGAAAUAAAAUGAUUUUUAAAACGC